AUGGCGCAGGGGGAAGCGUGGGGCUCCAGGGCACGGCUCUGCGCUGUCCACGGGGACCGGCCGCUGGAGCUGUUUUGCGAGGAUUGCGGGCGUUGCGUCUGCGCCCUGUGCCCGGCCCUGGGUCCGCACCGCGGACACCGUGCCAGCCUCCUGCGCGACGCUGUCUGCCGCACGCAGGAACUUGUGGCAUUGUGCUUGGAGGAUCUUGAAAAGAGAAAAGAGCAAGAAGCUGGUAACAGAAGGAGCAUAGAGCAGGCUGCUAAUGAUCUGAAGAUACAUGCCAUUAUGAGCAAAAGGCAUCUGUCAGACCGAAUGACUGAGCUCCAGUUACUGCUUCGGGAAGAGGAGAGUCUGGCAAAAAACUCCAUUGAUGAAAAGACUCAGCAAGCCCUGGAAGCACAUAAUCAGCAUCUGGAGUCUUGCCAAGAAAAGCUUGAAGCCCUGGAGACCUUGUCAGUUCAGAUCAGACAAAUACAACAGCACUCUGAUCCUAUUCAAUUCUUGGAGAAGUACACUGAAAUCAAGAAAGAAAUGGAGGAGCCUGGGCACCUGUUAGAACAGUGGCAUCCAAUACCUCUCUCCUUUGAGCAUGUACUUAACUAUUACAAGCACCUCAUGACAGCUCUUCAGGCCAUUCUACAGAAACCACUAGAAGCCCGGCUUAAAAAAGAUGUUUUCAUUAGCCUUAAUGCCACAGCAAAGAAGAAGCCUGGAUCCAUGUUGAAAACCUUGUCUCCCGUUGACCGGCUGCUUUUCUUAAAACAUGCAAGAUCACCAACCUGGGAAUAUGACAGCCUUCACCCAAGGUUGAAGUUAUCUGAUGACCGUCUCGUAGUAAGCUGUAACUGGAGGAGGAUAUUUUACCCUUGCGGUCCUCAGAGAUUUGAUAAACUAUGGCAAGUGCUAAGUGCUCCCAGCCUCCUUGCUGGGAGCCAUUACUGGGAAGUUGACCUGCUUCAUGCUGGGGCAGGAUGGUGGAUUGGUGCAGCCUACCCUUCCAUUGGCAGGAAAGGUGACUCUGAAACCUGUCGACUGGGCUGGAAUAGAGCAUCUUGGUGCCUUAAGAAGUUUGAUGUUGAAUACUGGGCAUUUCACAAGGGGGAGAGAAUCCCCAUACAGAUAGAAAAUGAUCCUGAUCGCAUUGGCAUUUUUCUGGAUUAUGAAGCCGGAAUCCUUUCAUUCUACAAUGUUUCAGAUGGCAUGGCUCAUUUGCACACCUUCCACUGCAAGUUCACAGAACCAGUUUACCCAGCUUUGAGGCUCUGGGAAGGGUCCAUUGGAAUAUGCAAACUAACAUAAUGAACAAAGCAAAAGAAAACCUACUAUUUCAUGCCUUUUGUAUGAAAGCCACUUCAGUGAUGAUCUACAUUAACUAAUCUCUGCCAUAGGAAAGUUGUAACUGUGAUGCUUUUAGAAAGUAACAGUUACGUUCAAGAAAACCAACUGUAAUUUUUAAUAUAUAUAUAUAUGUAUGCAUUUUUCAGUGGGAGAAGGGGAUCAAUGUACCACCUGCAGUGCAGUAUAUAGCAUGUUUUGUGCUUUUUCAACUUGCACAGUGGAAAAAGUCUGGUUGAAAGAAGCAAAUUACAAUCUGAAUUUGAAUCUGGAUAUUGGUGUCUUCUUUUAAGAACUCCCUCCCUGUCUGGUGGGGCUGCACUUGUGUAUAGUAAUAGGGUUUAGUCAAACUUCAAGUUUAUACAUUGCAUGUUGUUAGAGCUGACAAGUUUGGAUAAUAAAUGCACUUAAGUGAGUUAGCUUAUACUUGAAAUCAACUUGGAAAAAUCAAAGACUGGCACUGACCGUUGGAAAUGUCCUGUCAAGUGAAGCUGAAGCAUAGCUUCUUCAGCUACACUUAAUAACCAUUAGCUGGCCUUACUUGUGAGAGAAACUUUGAACUGGGAUUCUGGUUGGCCCUGUUAUUACUGCACAAAGUGGAAGCAUGAGAAAUAGUUGUGUACCACCUCCGAUGGAAGAAAUGCCCGGAAGAUGGACAGGUGCCAUAAAAACACUGGAUCAGUUGGGUGCUUGGUGCUUCAUUUGCUUUUGUGUCCUAUUUGCAAAAGCUCUUUAACUGCAGCUGAAUAAAGUAUUCUUGCAUAAAACUAGGGGAGACAGCUUGCAAGUUCCUGUAUAGGGAUAAUUUAAUUAAAUGUGUAGAGAAAAAAAAUUAAGUCUUUGAAGUUUUUGAUCCUGUAUUUAUAGGAGCCUCUAGGACCAGCCUUACUAGAUCAAGGAGCCACUGCUACUUGAAGCAGAUCAGGUUAUCUAAUGGUGUUUAAAUACUAAAGGCCCUGGAAUCCUCUGCAGUUCUGGCAAAGGUGAUGUCUGAUCUUAGGCUGAAAUGCAGAAACAAUAACUUGGUUUAUAAGCUAAAUUUAAUUUUCAAAUUCAAAAUAAAAAAAAAAAUCUUAAAAAUUGAGUAGUUCUUUAAUAUCAGGCAAGCAUACUGCAUCAGUCAGAGCUCACAUAUGGUCAAGCACAUGAUUCAAAGAAUCUGUUUCCCAGUUUAAAGAUACAGUCUCCUCAGAAUUGCAAAAAGGUAAAUAUCUCACAGAUACAGAAAUGCCACCAACAAAUUCAAGAUACUUUAACUCAUAACCAAGAGGAAGCAAGUUCCAAAUGACCACCAUUACUAAACUAUUCAACCACAGAAAAAGGCAGGUUUAUCAUACCAAAGCUCCUUCCUGGACAAAGGGGAGGGCUACAGGCUGACAGGAGUAGGAUGAUGUUUCUUUGAAUAGUGAGUAGCUGUGAAGCACAGUGAUGUGACCUAGUCAAGCACCCAUCCUCGGUUCUCUCAAACACUAGUGCUGGGGGUGGAAAACCCAAUCCCAUGUAUUUCCUUCCUAGGACAGGAAGGAGGCUGUUUAAUCUUGAUCAGCAUUUGGCUUCCUACUAGAGAAGCUGCUCCUGGGUAUAAAUGGAGGUGUCCAAACACUGCAGAAUUAGGAUUCUAGGCUUAAUCUGACCCACAGUAGAUGCUUUUGACAUUUUUUGGAAGCAUAGGUUAAGCCUGUUUCCACUGACCCAUCCCAGGUGUACUCUUUCCUCAAUCUGUCUGGCUUGCCAUCUUUCGGUUCAAAAAAAGCUCCUUCUCUUGCCCCUUAAGUGGGGCCUUUCUCUCUAUCCAAUUGGCUUGUUGUCUUGGCACUGUUUCUUGAAAAAUACC